CAAGCAAGAUCGGACACAUACAUAUUCUGAAAAGCAUCUAACUGUAUUAGCGAAUUUAUCAGGUGUGUAUAAACGUAGGCUAUUUCACUUAAUUGCUUGUAACCAAACAAAUGUGUUUAUUAAAUUAAUGAAAUUGUAUAAUUUCACUUUUAACAUUACAUUACAAUAAGCGAGUGCUCUGCAAAGCCAUUAAACAAAUUGGAUGUCUGAUACUCACGAACAGCACGACAAUGUUGCAAAAGUUGUUAGUGAGAAAAGUGCUCUGUUACGAAGUUUUUCCACGCCUGAAGUUCAAAUUUCACGCUUACCUUCGCCUCAGAGUUGCAAUUUUAGAGAUAUCUAUGAAGACGUUGUAAAAGAAAGGUGUCAUUCUCGACCGACGAUUGUAAUACAACGAAAUUCUACUCGGUCAGAAACAAUGCAAGAUGAAUCCACAAUGGAGCAAUUAGAUUCGCAACCUUAUAGCGAAAAUAAUAAAAAUGAUCUCAAAUUAUGUUGCGAGUCUAAAAAGAAAAAGUGUCCCCGUUCAACUGUAUUUUUUCAAGAUGGAUUAAGAUCGGUCGAUUUUGUAUUGGUUUGGCACACAGUGGAAUCAGAUAGUGAAUGCGAUGCAUCUGAAAAACGUCGUAUCUUUGAAAAAAAUUUAAUAGACGAAGGUUUAGAUUUGGAGUAUGAAAAUCAAGAAAGCAGCAAGCUGAAAUUUGUUAAGAUACAUGCUCCAUUAGAAGUACUUAGAAGAUAUGGUGAAAUAUUAAAAUUACGAAUGCCUAUGAAAGAGGAUUUAUGUAAAUUGCCCAAAGAAUACAGACUGAAUAUAUUUGGCAAUGCGAGUGCCUAUUUGACGCAAAAGAUUCCCGCACUUAGACAAGUCUCACAUCGAACCAAUUUUUUUGUGGAAGGUGUAAGUGAGCAGUGGGCCAAAGUGAAAGAAUGGAUAUUUCUUGAUAAAGACAAAUUUCCAGAAAAUGAUCAACAGAGGUUUACUGCCAUUUAUAGCAGAGAUAGAGAAUAUUUAUUUGAUAUAAAUUCUCCAUGCUUUUUCACAUCGGCAAUUCAUUCCCGUAUAGUUCAAUUUAUUUUGGAUAGAAAACGUUUUUCCGACAAUCGUGUUAAUGAUUUUGCCUUUGGCAUGGAAAGACUUAUAGAUGACAACGUUUAUGCUGCUGCAUAUCCAUUGCAUGAUGGCGAUCUUACGACAGAAAACACAGUCCGGAACUUAUUAUAUACGGAAUGGGCUUGCUUAGGCAAAUGGUACAGAUAUCAACCUCUGGAUUGCAUUAAAGAGUAUUUUGGUGUGAAAAUAGCCUUGUAUUUUGCUUGGUUAGGCUAUUAUACUCACAUAUUGCUAGCUCCAGCCAUAGUUGGUCUGGCUUGUUUCAUAUAUUCGUUAGCGACAAUGUAUAGCCACAAGCCCAGCAAUGAUAUAUGUGAUGUAGGUUUGGAAGAAAAAAUGUGUCCGCAUUGCGAUAUAUGGUGCGAUUAUUGGAAUAUCAAGGAGACCUGUGUGCACUCAAGGAUUACGUACUUAUUUGAUAAUUCUACCACCGUUUUUUACGCUGUCUUUAUGUCACUUUGGGCUACAACUUUUCUGGAAAUGUGGAAAAGAUACUCAGCGGAAAUAACCCAUCGCUGGGACUUAACAGGUUUUGAUGUUCAAGAGGAACAUCCUAGGCCUCAAUACUUGGCCCGACUGGCUCAUGUGAAGCGUAAAUGUGUUAAUAUAAUAACGAACACCAUGGAACCUCAUGUACCAUUCUGGAAAAUUAAAGUACCAAUGACUAUUUUUAGUUUCGGUAUUGUUUUGCUAUUGGUGUGUAUGGCUUUGGCAACGGUUUUGGCUGUAGUUUUGUAUCGAAUGUCCAUUUUAGUGUCAUUGAAGGUCCAUUCUGAUAAAAUGGAUAACAGUUCCGCAAUUUUAUUUACAACUGUUACUGCAGCGUCAAUAAAUUUGGUGGCAAUUCUUAUAUUUAAUCAGAUUUACAACUAUGUUGCUGAAUAUCUCACCGAAUUCGAGCUGCUAAGAACGCAGACGGAAUUUGACGACUCCCUCACUUUGAAAAUCUACCUUUUGCAAUUUGUAAAUUACUAUGCUUCCAUUUUCUACAUAGCGUUUUUUAAAGGAAAAUUUGUCGGAUCUCCGAAAAGAUACAAUCGAGUUUUUGGAUACCGACAAGAAGAGUGCGGUCCAGGUGGUUGUCUUCUUGAGUUAUGUAUUCAGUUAGCAGUAAUAAUGAUAGGAAAACAAGCUAUGAACACCGUGCUAGAAAUGCUAUUUCCUCUAUUUUUCAAAUGGCUAAAUACGUUGAAGGCUGGCUUUUCAAGAGACCACCAGUCCUGCAAAGGAUUUAGACCCCGGUGGGUAAAAGAUUUUAAGUUAGUGGAAUGGGGUCCUAGAAGUUUGUUUCCGGAAUAUUUAGAAAUGGUUUUGCAAUAUGGUUUUGUUACCAUCUUCGUGGCAGCUUUUCCUCUCGCACCGUUUUUUGCUUUAUUGAACAACAUCUUGGAAAUGCGUUUGGAUGCUAAAAAGUUACUGACAAUGUACAGAAGACCAGUGUCUCAGAGGGUCAGGGAUAUUGGAGUUUGGUAUCGAAUACUAGACUCAAUUGGCAAGUUAUCGGUAGUUACGAAUGGUUUUAUUAUAGCAUUUACAUCCGAUUUUAUUCCGCGAUUAGUAUACCAAAUAUCAAUAAAUCCGAACGGUUCUUUGGAAGGAUAUGUGAAUAAUUCUUUGUCCUAUUUUAACACAUCCGAUUUUGAGGCCGGUCGAUCUGGUCGCACCAAUAACAGUAUAGAUACAGUUUGCCGGUAUCCAGACUAUAGGAAUCCUCCUUGGAGCAGCGAAAAGUAUGAACGUACAGCUCUCUAUUGGCAUAUUUUGGCAGCACGAUUUAUAUUUGUAGUAGUUUUCGAAAAUCUUGUUGUACUAGUUAUGAUUAUCCUCAAAUGGUGCAUCCCAGACAUGCCUGGCAAAUUAAGGGAUAGGAUUAGGAGAGAGGCGUAUAUUACAAAUGAAAUUAUUAUUAAACAGGAAACCUUACGGGCACAAAGAGCACAUUCUUGCUCGAAUGCAUCAACGCUCAGGAAACCCGAAACCUUGCAAAAUAUAGACGUGCCUUCUACACCAGAGCAGUGGGAUAGACUGAUUAGUAGCUCUCUUUCUCAAAGUGAAUUUGACCUAGUAGUGCACGGAGAUGAGCAUCAAACUGGAAGCCAUCAAAUAAAUAAUCCAGCUACUCCACAAUCGAUAUAACAACAGUUUUGUUAGCACACAUUCAAUACUCCAUAUUUGACUGAACUUUAUUGCUGAAGAUUAGUACUUAAAUAUGAAAAUAAUCGCUUCCUAUUUGACUGAGAUAAAUCAUACAUCAUGUUUCUAUGUAUUAGUACUUAUACAUCAAAAACAGACUUAAUUUAAUAUAAAAUUUAUUAGACUUUUAUGUGUGAUUAAGUUAGGUAAUAUGUAUCUUAUGUAAUAAAUCCAGAAAGUUUGUCUGUGCCAAAAGCA